AUGAGUAUUAGCCUGACCGCCGUGAAUUUUUCACUCCAACUCCGCUUUCCACUCAUCCUCCUCUUCAAAAACCGCCUUCUACUCCUACUCUCUGCCUCCUCUUUCGAUUUUACUUUUUUUUCCCAAUUUAUUCUUUUUCCCGCUUGUUUUUACAUUAUCCUUGUCAUUUCCCCUUACUUCCUGUGGUGUCUUUUUCGUUUUUUUUUCUGCUUAUUUUUACUGCAUUUCUUCCUUUCUUCUUUUUCUUUAUCUUAUUCAUUUACUUUGUUUAUUUUCUACCUUCAUCUUUUUCCAUGCUGUCUUUUUUUCAUUUUUAAUUCUCGUCUACAUUUGCGUUUUUUAUUAUUUUCCUUUUCUUUUUCUUUUCUUUAUUCUUCUUUUUCUUCACUUAAUUUUAUAAUAUAUUACCAUGUAUUUUUUCCUUUUUCUUUCUUCCUCACAUUUUCCUUUUUUCCUUCUUUUUCUUCUUCAUAUUAUUUUCUUAUUAUCUUUAUAAUCUUCAUUUGCUGCCUCUUCGUUUUUCUUUUUGUUGUUUUUUUUUCUUCUUCUUUUUCAUCUUCUUCUUCUUCUUCUUUAUUCUUCUUUUUAUUAUUAUUUCAUUCUUCUUUCUCAUGUUUUUCCUUUCCUUCCGCUUCUUUUUCAUGUUCCUUCUCCUCUGCUAUUUUUCCUUCUUCUCUUUUAGUUAUUAUUUCUCCAUUUAUUUUUUGUUAUUUCUCCAUUUAUUUUUUGUUGUUUUUUUCUUCUUCUUCUUUCUCCCUUGCUUCCUUCUCUCUUGCUUUCUCUCUCUCUCUCUCUCUCUCUCUCUCUCUCUCUCUCUCUCUUACUUGUCCCUCAUUCUUGAUCGUACCUGUUUCUUGUAUGCCCCUCUUUUUGUUUGCCUCUGUUUCUUCUCCCCCUCUUUCUAGUUUAUCUCUCUUUCUUACUUGUCUCUCAAUCCUGAUCGUCCCUGUUUCUUGUUUGUCCCUCUUUCUUCUUUGCCUCUAUUUCUUCCCCCUUCUUUCUAGUUUAUCUCUCUUUCUAGUUUAA